CCUCCGGGUUUAAUUUGUGUUUGAUUUUUCAUGCGUUACAUACAAGAUGAACAAACACAGGUGUCAACGUUGCUGUUUAACGUUAUCUCGCUAUUUAUUUAUUGUUUACUUAUGUUUACACCUCUAAACAACAACCUUUGAGGACAAAAGCUGAAACAGCCAAUGGGCGAACGGUUUGUUACGUUGUGCUAGGAAGGUGGGGCGUCACAGAUAGGCAAUUAUUAAUCCUCCAUUAUGUUCAACGUUACGGAUGUCAGCUUCAGUGUACAGUGCUUUGUAAACGCGGUCCAUUUCUCUAAGGAGUGAUUCAUGGUAGCCCUACAGACACGCCAAUGAAGAAAAGAACUUGUAAUCCUCUGCGUCCCAAACGCAGCAGGCAGGUUAGUGCCAGCAAUGAAGAUCCGAGCACUGGGCUGGGCUCCAACACCCCACCAAACAAUGAGACUGUCCCAGAAUCAACCUCACGAAUGAGGCACCUGGCUAUGUCACAGCACAGUCACAACCUCCUCAAGUUCUUCAACGAGGAUCGGACCCGGCAAAGGUUCUGUGAUGUGUCUGUGUCUGUUGGUGGGAAGCUCUACAGUGCCCACAAGGUGGUGUUGGCCCAUGGGAGCAGCUACUUCCAUGCUGAGCUGUCCAAGAACCCUGCCACAGCACAUGUGACUCUGGACCAUGUGGAUGACUCUGUUUUCCAGCACCUGCUUGGGUUUUUGUACACCUCUGAGUGCGUUGUCGCAGAGGUGGACCUCCCAGCUCUUACUGAAGCGGCCCGAUUCCUGGACAUGAUGGAUAUACUGAAGCUGCUGUGUGAAGAUGGGAGCAACAACCCAGUGUGUGUGAUCCAGGCACAGGAUGAGAUAAGAGGGUCUCCUGAAGUGGAAAUUACCUCCAGUGACUCACCAGCAGGCGACGCAGACAUCCAGAGCCCAUUUGAUGUUCAGUGCACAAUGUGCAGUCGCCAGUUUAGCACUGAAAACUCCCUGCAGAACCACUUUGCUGAGAGUCACGCUGAUGUACAGCGGGAAACCACAACUGAGAAAGAGAAGAAGGAAGGUCAGUGGACUGCUACCACACGAAGAUCAGCUCGCAGGAGGAGAACACCCACCAAGUAUCAGAGAGAUGAUGUGAAGUACACUAUCAACACUCCUGAAGAAAAACAAAGGACUGUAUCACCAAGAGAGCAAGGUGAAGAAAGAGGGGAAGAAGGAGGAAAGGUGGUAGUGGAAAACCAAGCGCCCAAACUGGAAGCAAACAAGACAUCUAAACCAGCUCAGGAGGAAGAUGUAGUGGACGAGGAUGGAGACAUGAAUGAGGAACUACUUGCCCAGAGGAAAGUUGUUGAGGAUUGUGCUGCAGACAAGAGUGCAGGUCAGCAUGGUUCAGACGGAGAACAGGCAGAGCACCAGGCUGUUGGAGAGGUGGAAGCGCAUGUACCAGCAGCAGGAAGCUCUACCAAGAGUCCAGUGUACCCCGAGGGACUGGCCCCGGUCAUCAUCCAAACCUCCAGCAGGAAGACUCUCAAGUGCCCCAAAUGUGACAAGACCUUUGACCGAGCAGGGAAGUAUGAGAGUCACACCAGAGUGCACACAGGAGAGAAACCAUUCCAGUGUGACAUCUGUCUUCAGCGCUACUCCACCAAGUCUAACCUGACCGUACACAAGAAGAAGCACGCCAGCGACGCUCCCUUGCAGAAGAAGGAGCACAAAUGCCCCUUCUGUAGCAAACUCCAUGCCAGCAAGAAAACCCUGGCUAAGCAUGUCCGGAGGUUUCAUCCAGACCACAUCCAAGAGUUUCUUACCAAGAGGAAGAGGAAGAGUGAAGGCUGGAAAUGUGCUAUUUGUCUGAAGACAUUCACCCGCAGGCCUCAUCUGCAGGAGCACAUGAUCCUGCACACCCAAGACCGGCCUUUUAAAUGCUCCUUCUGUGACGAAUACUUCAAGUCCAGGUUUGCCAGGCUGAAGCACCAAGAAAAGUACCACUUAGGUCCAUUUCCCUGUGAGAUUUGUGGCCGGCAGUUUAAUGACACUGGCAACAGAAAGAGGCACAUUGAGUGCACACAUGGAGGCAAAAGAAAGUGGACCUGCUUUAUUUGUGGGAAGUCUGUAAGGGAAAGGACAACCUUGAAAGAGCACUUGAGGAUCCACAGUGGGGAGAAGCCUCAUCUCUGCAGUAUCUGUGGUCAAAGCUUCCGUCAUGGCAGCUCCUACAGGCUCCACCUCAGAGUCCACCAUGACGACAAGCGCUAUGAAUGUGAUGAAUGUGGGAAAACCUUCAUACGCCAUGAUCACCUGACUAAACAUCAGAAAAUACACUCAGGUGAGAAAGCGCACCAAUGUGAAGAAUGUGGCAAAUGCUUCAGGCGGCAUGACCAUCUGACGGUCCACUAUAAAAGCAUUCAUUUGGGAGAGAAAGUUUGGCAGAAGUAUAAAACCGCUGUACAUCAGUGUGAGGUUUGCAAGAAAGAAUUUAAAGGGAAGUCCAGUCUAGAAAUGCACUUCAGGACCCACUCAGGUGAGAAACCCCACAGGUGUCCUGAGUGCAACCAGACAUUUCGGAUCAAGAAGACCUUGACAAAGCACAUGGUGAUUCACUCCGAUGCCCGCCCUUUUAACUGCCCCCACUGCAGCGCCACCUUUAAAAGAAAAGACAAGCUCAAGUACCAUGUUGACCACGUGCACAGCACACGUUUUACUGAGCAGCCCCUUGGCACACUCAGCGAGGACAGAAUAGUCUCCAUUCCCUUUGAGGAACCCUCUAAGGCAUACCGUGCUGAACCUAAGUCGACCCUCCAGAGUACCUCUCCUCCUACGAAUGUCUGCGUACCCGUCACUUUAGUUCCUGUCCAGAUGACAGGAGGGCUGCAGGGCGACAUGAACACGCACAGGGCCUCGUCUCUCUCCUCCCAAACUCAGAGUGUUGUGAGCAUGCAAGGACAGCAGCAAAACUCUGGCUACCAGGCUGCGGCAGACCUGGCAUUCUUAGAAAAGUACACCCUCAACCCCCAGCCCGCCAACAUUGUCCACCCUGUGAGGCCCGAUCAGAUGCUGGACCCCCGAGAGCAGUCCUACCUUGGCACGCUGCUGGGGCUUGAUUCAGCUUCCUCUGUGCAGAACAUGUCUAAUGCUGAUCACACGCACUGAUGCUCCCCAGCCAAAAACUGGGCCUAUACAGCACAGUCCAACAAACCUAAACAGUCAUUUAAUAAGAUUAUUGUCCCGUAAGUAAAGUGAUUCAAUUAAAGACAAAAACUACACAACUGCAAAAAAAACUUUAAAUGUUACUAAAUCCAA